AUGUAUGGAACGAGGCCGAUGAUGUCUCUGGGCUGUGUCCUCCUGGGCUGUGGGAUGACACUCCUCGGGGUCCACCUGCUGUACCUGCAGACCGACUUAAAGAUGACCAAGAAGACCCUCUCUGCCUAUAUGUUGAUCUUCUCAAGCCUCUUGUUGGUCCUCAUCGGGUUCUUCUGGGUCUUCUAUCAAAGCAUAAAGAGCAAGAUGUUCCAGAGGGAAACACCUGAGCAGCAGAUCGAAAUCUACACCAUUUACAGACCAAGCUCCUUCCCUCCGUCGUACGAGGACUCCCAGGCAGCCCAGGCCUCUUGGGAGGUGGAUGUUGAGAUGGGCAUCGCUCCUCCUCUGUACAGCCAGGACAGCUCCCAGGCCCCGGACUGCACGUGGAGCUGGGAGCAACCUCCUCCGUACAGCCAGGUGGAGCAGCAGGGACAGGGGGGUGCAGAGGAGCUGGGGGGAGAAACGUUGUCCCCCCCAGCUGGAUGA